AUGCGAGCCAUGAUGUGGAAGAAGUACCUAGCUGCUUCAGCGCUGGCGAUGGGGGCUGCUGUGGAUGCCUCGACGCUGACGCCGCCGGUGUUGCCGCUGGUGGUGAGGAAUCCAUAUUUGAGUCUUUGGCUUGGGAAUGCGAGGGGGGAUCCGUGGGAGCAGUGGCCUAUGUUUUAUACUGGGGCGCAGGUUGGGUUGUCUGUGAUGGCGGCGUUGCCGGAGAGUGGGUUGGUGUAUCCGUUGUUGGGGAGGCCGCAUGAUAGUCUAAGUACGCAGGUUACGUUUCCGAUAUAUGAAGGCUCCAAUUAUGACGCUUCUACGACAAACCUUACGUAUAACAUACAAGGGGGAGUUAAAGACGAGAAAGCAACUGUUAUUCUAUCCUUCAUCUCGCCGAUAACGCCAACAUCAACGUUCAGGCAGUCCAUGCCAGCAUCCUACAUCAAGAUCUACGUCGAGGGGAACUUUGACCUAUCUAUCUACAUAGACAUCAACGGACAAUGGAUCAGCGGCGACGACGGAAGCAGGAUCCAAUGGGAGCUCUCCCCGCCCCAAGCCCAGGACCUCGGAUCCCGCCCCCUCAAGACCUGGAAAAUCCGCAGAUCAGAGGAAGAGCAGUUAAAAGAGAAGAAUGACCGCGCGGAAUGGGGAACUUUGCAUUUCACCGGCCCAGCAGAGGCGAAUCAUGAAUCCGGAACUGCUUUCAACAUGCGAAACCGGUUUAAGAAUACAGGAGCGCUACGUAAUGCUACGGAUGGGAACUUUCGGAAUAUUAAUCAGGAUGAGCCGGUCUUUGCGUUUUCGAAGGAUUUUAAGCUGAAGGGCACUACUUCAAAGUCUAUGAGAAAGUUGUCGCGGGAUAGUAUUUUGUUUACGAUUGCGCAUAUACAGGAUCCUGUUGUUCAGUUCGCGGCGGCGAGGGGGUUGACUCUGAUGAGGCCGUUGUGGGCGUCUUGGUUUGAAACGGCGCAUUCGAUGAUUAGCCAUCACUAUUUGGACUUUAAGAAGUCGUCUAAACUUGCCUCUGAAUACUCUGAGCAGUUGGCAGUGGAUGCUCUCAAAUCCGGCUCAGAAAACUAUAAAGACAUCGUUGCUCUCUCAGCUCGCCAAGUCAUGGGCGCCACGAGUUUUUCAGGGACCGCUGAGAACCCUUUGAUCUUCCUCAAAGAGAUCUCUUCAAAUGGGGACUUCCAAACCGUCGAUGUUAUUUUCCCAGCCUUCCCGUUCUUUCUGUAUACCAACCCGAGGUGGCUGGCGUACCUGCUGGAGCCGCUGCUUGAGCAUCAGUUGAGCGGUCAGUAUCCGAACAAGUAUAGCAUGCAUGAUAUUGGUACUUUCCCCAUUGGGAAAGGGUAUGCGGAUGGGAAUGACGAGUAUAUGCCCCUGGAGGAAUGUGGUAAUAUGCUCAUUAUGGGACUUGCGCUGGUGAAUUCCUUGGGUGAUACUUCGGAUCCUCCUGCGCUACUGGGGUCGUUGGGUGACCAUUCCGAUGUUGCUUCUGGAGGCGUAUUCCCGCUGAGUUCUCGCAUCGAUAGGUUUGAUAGUGCAUGGGGAAGCACUAGAGACAAGACGCAGGUUCAGAGUUGGCUGAAGAAGUCAUAUGGGCUGUGGAAACAAUGGACGGAAUAUCUUGUGGAGGAAGCGUUGAUCCCGACAAACCAACUGUCAACUGAUGAUUUCGCCGGCUGGCUUGCUAACCAGACCAACUUGGCGCUCAAGGGCAUCAUUGGGAUUAGAGCUAUGAGUGGGAUCUCGGAAGCUGUCGGCGAGAGCAAAGACGCGGCGUAUUACCGGGAGGUAUCAGAGGAUUAUAUCGAGAAAUGGCAAGAUUACGGGGUUUCGAAAGAUGGGACUCAUGCUAAGAUUUCGUAUACUUGGUAUGGUUCCUGGACUACGAUUUAUAACUUGUUCGCGGACUCGCUCUUGUGCUUCCAUCUACCUGAUACAACUAGCUCUCCAUUGGGUUUGAGUCAAUCUGACACUCAGAAGCCUAUUGGACAUGACCGGAAAGGAAAGUCGAGAACUGCUUUUAUCGAUGAGAAGAUUUAUAAGAUGCAAAGCGACUGGUAUCACAAUGUGAUGCAGAAAUACGGCCUCCCGCUCGAUAGCAGACACCUCUAUACCAAGAGCGACUGGCAGUUUUUUGCUGCGGCGGUAGCGAGCAAGAAAGUCAGGACGGAGAUUGUGGAGAGUAUUGCGCUUUGGGUUAAUGAGACUGUUACUGACCGACCUCUCACGGACCUUUAUGAAACCGAGGGAGAGGGCGAUUUUCCGGGACCGCAUUUCUUUGCGAGGCCGGUGGUUGGUGGUCAUUUUGCGUUUCUGGCUUUGGAGAGAGCUUGUGGUGGGAAGGCUGUUGAGGGACUGAACUUCUUGAAUGAAGUGGACUUUGAUGAGGAAGAUCGGGAAGAACCUGUGUUGCCAAAGGUUGACGAGCUCUGAUUGGUCGUCUCAUUGCUUAUACAUAGCCUUUUCUUUGAAAGGAAUUAG